CAGAGAUGAGCCCCACCAUGGUGGUAUCAUCUGCAAACUUAAUGAUUGCUUUUUCUGGGUGGGAACUAACACAGUCAUGUGUGUACAGAGUGCAUAGUAGGGGACUCAGCCUUGUGGUGUAAGGCUGAGGAAAGAUGAGGCCCCACUCUAACUCUCUCUAAUUACUGAAUUUAGUACUGUAAUGUGUUACAUUACUGCAUUAGUGCAAAAUGCAAUGCAAUUGCAGUAACGUGUUACUUUGUAAGGCAUUACACCCAACACUGGCAGCAAGAUACGCCAAGAGCGAGGAGAAGAGAACUUGCUGGCAUUCACGUAUGGUAAAGCCAAAUUUUGAUUCGUGCCUGCACCUUUAGACUCAAGAUAUGAAGAUUCAUACCAAUGUUUUACUAUCUAAGAAGGUCUUCCCUUUACCAAGAAACAAAAAUGCAAAGGAAAGAGACAUCUAAAUAAAAUGACAUCCUCUUUUUUGUCACUUCAAGCUUCUCCUGAGGGGGGAGCUUUAACACACAGAAAUGUGCAGGAACAUGAUUAUUUGUUCCCAGUAUUGUCACAGGUACUUAUUCUCAGAAGAUUACACAUACAACCCUUGCUCUCCAACAAGCCAACUAAACAGCUGGUUAUAAACGUCCAGCAAAUGUUAGGCUUGAGUGUCCCAAAAUUUACACUUUCCCUUUGAAAACAAUAACGGCCUAUGAGUAUAAAUAAUAGUGGGGCAUACAUUAAGGCAGGCUUUAUCAAAUGAGCACAGGCUUUCAAAAUUCUAAAAACAACACACUGACCAGUUGUAAGUAAAAGAAAGAAAUCAAAUCUAAUAGAGACUAAAAGUGUCACGCCUCAGCAGCUAGAAACAAGAAAGAUUUAAGUAGAGGCUCAGAGUGAAGUGAACAGAAAACAUUACUUCACAUUAACACAGAAAGGGAGGCAACAGCUAAAACUAAGGACAAGGAUAGAAUGCAUGAAUAGGAGCUAAAAGCUAUGAACAUGAACUAUUGUAGAAAAAUGCUACGAACAUGGACUAUAGUUGUGGCGAGCGUGGUCUGCAAUCACACAUCACCGGCACAAAACAAUGAACUGGGUCCAAAGUUAGCCUUGUUGUUCCAUACGUGUGGCUGGCAGCAGAGAAGCUGCAGCCGAGGUGUGUUGUGACAGUAACUGUGCAAUAAAAGUGGUUAAAAAUGCUGAAAAACAUAAGCGUGUCAUUGGGUCUGCUGUGGUAUUACUACAGUGGUGCUGAAACCCAGGAGGGGGGCGCAGCAGACCCAGAACCGGGCCAACAAGUGGAGGAGCUGGCCCAAAUGGCGACCACGCUGCCAGCAGGAAGAACUCCAGGACUGGAUCGUGUGCGGGAUGCAAGUGAUUGGAAAUCUGGCUGCUCUGAUUCGGUCCUGGCCGACACUUCCCCCACGGGUGGGCCGGCCAGGAUGCAGCCUGCCACUGCACCCAUCCCCACUCCUGAGGUGGGAGCAGCUGGUCUCUGGCAGGGGCCUGCACCAAUCCCGGCUCUACGGAACAAACAGAGUGUACUCCACCGAACCAGCAGGAGGUGGGGGUCAAGGAGGCACGCGAGGGGCCUCACCAGCCGGAGACGGAGGUCAAGGAGCGCGAGUCACCUCGACAGCCAGAGGUGGAAGACGAGGCGCGCGAAGGACCUCACCUGCCGGAGGCAGAGGUCAAGGCACGCCAUCGGUCCUGCGAAGCCGGAGGGCUUGGUGCCCAGACUGGCCUCACCUCCACCAGAGGCUGUUUGGUCCUGUGCCUGCUAUGCCACAGCUGCUUGUCACGCGGGCGUCCCCCCGGACCCACUUCAUCACUGGCACCACUGGAUCCCCAGCCGGCCACCUGAACUCACGCCUCCCUGUCAAUUUUCUCUCCCGGGGGGUGUGGGGGUAGGUUUGGCAAGAUGGGUCCCGGCCUCAGUUCGGCGAUGGGGGUAUGUGACGGGGCUGGUCUGCGGUUCCACUGCAGGGGAUGCGGACAAACCUGAGCGGCAAACACAAUCAUGCAUCUCCGGCAUAAAACAAAGAACUGGGUCCUGAGUUAAUGUUGUUGUUCCAUACACGUGGCUGGCAGGAGGGAAACUGAGGUGUGUUAUGACAGCAACCAUGCAAUAAAAGCGGUUAAAGAUCCUGAGAAGCAUAAGUGUGUCAUCGAAUCUGU